UCGGAAUGUCUCGAACGGACGCGGGUUCAGAUACAAGCAUCGCUGCUGGAGCAUCUCAAGAUCCCCGAGAAUCGAUUUACCUGGUUGCGUGGGCCUCCGGGUACUGGGAAGACAGCGAUUUGUAUGAGCGUUGCGUCCACCCUCAACAGCGAGGCUGUCCUGGCGGCGUCGUUCUUCUGGAUAAGAACCAAGCAGGAACGGGCCUCG